AUGAAGAAUCGGAAUUAAAUAAUUGAGGAUUAACUUGGUUUUUACACAAUGAAAAUGCAGACUUUAGAAUGCAGCUCGCUCGGUGAAGUUGUCCAUCUACUACCGCGUCAGGUGUCACGUGACACCCAUAAUGCACUUGGAUACCCACAAUGCUUUAGUACAUAAUGCGGCUGCCGUGGGUUGAUAGUCGUCUGCAAUUCCGUGUGAAAAAUGUACAAAAUUCUACCUUACUUUCGUUACCAAAUCCAAAGAAAGAAUGAAUAUACGUGAAUGGACAAUGCGCUCAUCAACUGGGGCGAUUCCCGGCGUAUUUUUGUCAUUCAACGUUGUUGUUUUUGUGGUGUAUUUGUUGGCGUUUUCGAGCACCGAGCACGCCGAGCUACCACCAGCGGGUCACCUGAAACCGCUCGGGUGGCACCGGGUGGCCGAGCCCGGCGUCGACACGGUGGAUGUUGUUCCCGAGCCCGGAGUUUUCUUCGAAGAUUAUGUGCGAAAGGGGCGGCCGUUGUUGAUGAAAGGAGCUGCAAGAAAUAUGAAGACUUUCCGACUUUGGAAUGAUGAAUACUUGAGGACUCAGUUUGGAGAUCUGGAAGUUGAAGUUGAAGAAGGAAAGAAGGAGAAUCGUUCCCGGGGUCUGUGGACCAUGCGACUUGAUGAGUUCGUAGAAGAGUACCAACAAGGGGAUAUCUACAUGGUAGCCAGCGUGCCUACAGAAAUGGCAGACGAGGUAGAACUGCUGAGAUGCCUCCUGUGUGGCGGUUUCACGGAGCGCCUACAGGAUGCUGUCAUAUGGUUCAGCAGCGGCAACACCAAGUCAGUCUUACACUUUGAUGCGGUGGACAACAUCAACUGUGUAAUGGACGGACAGAAGGAGUUCUUCCUAGUAGACAAGAAUGAGAAGAACAGUGUCUUUAUGGACCAUCCAGACGGCUCCUUUAGCAGUGUGGACGUGGAUCAUGUUGACAUGUAUGAAUAUCCAGGGCUUGGCCAGGUGCCGUGGUAUAACGUCACCAUGCAGCCAGGCGAUUGUUUCUUCAUUCCCUACAGAUGGUUCCACCAAGUCCGGUCUGCGGCAGGCCGCAGCCUAGCCAUCAACAUAUGGUUUGUGCAUCUCUUGCGCUUCAACUACAACGACUGCAUGGCCAAGGGCCAGCUGCCCGAAUUUGAGCCGCUGGGCCAGUUUCAGCUGACCUCCGACUUGGAACAACUCAGAGGUGAAAUAGCAAACUUCAUUGAUGAACUUGAAGAAUCGGUUCUUAAAAUUCAAGACCUUCCGAAACUUGCCGACGAAUUUGAAAUAAUGGACCAAGAAUCAUUAAAAAUGUUUACGAUCUUAGACCGAGACAAGAACAAUCAAGUCGACUUGGACGAGGUCUACUCUUGCAAUAUGAAAGACAUCGAGACGCAAGCCCCGGGAUUAGUAAGGAUGUACAACAGUGGGGAGAACUCAGAAAAUGAUCACGAUGAACUUUGACCUUGACUUCCCUCUGCAGGAUACCACUGAAAUACCGUUGACAUUGCCGAGGUUUUAUGAAAAACUCGGCUUUGUCUCAGCUUUGGCUUCAAGGAGAUUGACUUUGGGGGUUUCCAGCUCGUUAUUGGUCCAUGUUGUGCUUAAAGUCCUAUAAUAUGAGGUCAAGUUUAGAGUUACUCCCAUUUGGUUUUCGCAAUUUGCUCUUUUCACACUCCGCCAUUGGGCAUGCACAGCCUCGAUCUGGCAACUUUACACAAUAAAAAUAGGCGGUUCAGUGAUCUGAACCCCGACACGGGAAUCACUGAACCGGCUAUAUCUGUUGUGUAAAGUUUCAAGAUCGAGGCUCUGCAUGCCCAUGGCGGAAGUGUGAAAAGAGCGAAUAGACCUUUAUCAUGCCGCCACCAUUUCAGUCAUGUUCCCUGUAGACCAAUAACAGCACUGAAUGAUAAUAUUUUUGUGCAUAAGGAAGCAGACUAUUUUCCUUCCAGCCUCGCUCUUUGGUUACAUUGAUUUAAUUGGGAAAAAUUAAGAAGGCUGCAACAUGAUAAUGGUCUAUAGAUGCUAAAUGUUUGUGAAACCAGAGGUGAAGCCGAAAUUGGCGGCAAAGCCGAGGUUUGAAUUAAAAAAAAAAAAAAACCUUAUUUGUUUUAUACAAACUCCAAUAUUUUCUACACUGGUUAUUUUUAAUGGGUUUGGUGGCGAGACUGCUAAGGGCAUCACGUAGCAACUGACAGGAGCCACAAGAGGGUGCUGUCUUGACACCCACGUUCUCUUAUUCCCAUCGUCUUUAUCAUGGGCUCAGAUGCAGGGAUUUAGUUGCGUCCAUCACAUGUCAUGCAUGUCCAUCACAACUCCAGUCACAAGUAAAUCACGAGUCCCUUCACGAGUAACAGUGGAUGCACAGUAACAAAGGAAUGCCUUUGUCAAAGCUCAUUGGAAUAGCUUGUGAGUUGAAUUGGGACUGGGAUUAAUUUGUGAUAACUAACGGGAACUAGUGAUGGGCUAGACUAUGCCACUACUCGGGUGACCUCAAAUUUCUUUGGGUUCUCAUUGGAAAGAUUGUGUUCCCCAUGACCUGGUAUGGUCAUGCAUAGCAACCAGAGGUGUGCGUACAUGUGUGCGCAUUGCGUGUAUCGUUCCCACGCGCUGAGUUGAGUUCAAACAUUCCAGUAAGGGGUAAUUAGGAAAAAUGAAAGUAAAAGUUUCAACUAACUUCAUUUUGAAAUAGAAGUACAUUUUACUUAGAUUUUAAUUAAAUUAAUCAGUUAUCUCUUAAAGGGGCACUAGGUCCUGAAAUCCCCGAAAAUGUUAUGUUUUGGAUUGUUUACUUAGCCUAUUUCAAACA